AAGAAUUUUGUUUUCAAGAGCUCCUCCAGUUGUAAUACCCAGGACAGUAAAUUUAUGAACUAAGGCGAUUAUGAUGUACUUUAACCUAAUACCAAAUGAUUUUUGUAAAAAUAAAUAAAAAUAGCUAAUGAUUUUUGUUAGAACGUUUAAAUUUUUAUUAUUAUUAAUUAUUAUUUUAAUUAAUUUUAAUUAUCAGGGGCGGCCCGGUGGUCCAUGUGAUAAACGGCGCCCGUCCACAUGGCAGGACCGGGUUCAAAUCCCAUCCGGACCGUCCCCCCAUAGCAUGGACUGACUAUCCUGCUACGUGGUAAAAUAAGUCUUGAUACGGUCAGGCCGUUCUAACCGAGCAAAAAAAAAUUAUAAUUUUAAAAGUCAUUAGUUUUAUAUUUGUGUCUCAUUAUUUAUAAUACAAAGUCAAUGUAUUGUAAUGAGUAAUCUAAAAUUUAAUAAUCAAUAUUAGACCAUAUGCCAGCUCUGACGCAAACAUCAUAUCGUCUUUUUAAUUCAAUAAAAUGAUUCUACAUAAAUGAUGUCUUUUUUCCCAUUCUUGUCAAGAACUUUCGAGCUUUGUGACGUCAUUUGCUGAUGGUGGAUCGGGAAUGCGAGAUGAAGAUAAAAGUCGAUUUCAAAGAGUGACAUUUUUUCAGUUGGCAAUCAUCUACCUACCACCUACUAAAAUUAUUCUUCGUGUAAAUUAUAUUGAUUGAAUUCCCCCAGAGACCAUAGCAAAGCAUAAAAGUUUACCAAGCGAUAAAGUGAUGUUUUCCUCCCUAUAGAUCCUGUGUUUACUUGCUGGUAAUUGAAAAACUUCAUCCAAACGAACAUUUUAUCUUUUACAACAUUGAUAUACUGUAUCGUCACAGCUUUAUGCUUGUAAAAAUAACAAAUACAUAAAGUCAAAAAUGAUACGAUUUUAUGUUGAUGAUAACUUUUUUAGUUUAUAAAUCAAUAAAAAACCCUAACUGGAUAAUUGAGGAUCGUCUAUUUUAUGAUACCCAUCUACCAUUUUGAUGCAUACAAUAAAUAACAUGUUGAGCGCAAUAAGAAGUAAAUAUGUAAGCACAUUGUGGGGAAUUUCUCUUAUUGAAAUGGAACUUUCGUUUUAUAUGGAAUUCGUUGGGUUCUGUGACGUCAAACUGAGCUAAACCGGGACUUUUAGCCAUGCGAUUGCGAAUUCGGUUGAAAUGGUAUAAAAAGAAGGUCUGUCAACACCGUACAGCAUCAGUCGAGCCCCAUCAAGUGCAUCGUGCAACAAGCUUUCCGUCGCAAAUAUCGUUUGAAUUCUCCAGAAGCCUUCAAACAGUACAACAAUGUUCAAGCUCCUGUGUCUGUUUGCUAUCGUUGUGGUCGUAGCAGCGAUGCCUCAUGCACCCCAAUGGCCCGCUCCAGGGUCAGCUCCGGUGGGAAGACUCGUGAAGCGAGAAGUGAAGGAACCUUCAAAAAUGGCGAACAACAAUCCCGAAACCGUCCACGAAGAAGGUAGCGCAGUUGCUGCUGAUGAUGAUAUGGAUAAGGCAGAGACUUUCGGCUUUGGAUAUCAUCACUACUACGCCUAUCCUCGGUACUACUAUCCCAGCUACUACUAUGGAUACUAUCCUCGCUAUCACUAUGAUUACUACUGGUAAAAUUGAGAAGGAAAUCGGUCUUAUUUAUUGAAAAUAAUAUAAAAUUGAAACGCAAAACAAACCUUCACAUGAGUAGAAACAUAAUUUAAAACCAAUCGACGAGAAAGAAGCGGGUUUAUUACGUAAUAUUUGUAAC